AUGGACUGGGAUCGCAGAAGAUUCGAGGAUCGGAGAGGGGGAGAAAGUUACCGUCCAGCUGAGAGGACUGGCCGCUCCCCUUCUCGUGCAUAUGACAUUCGUCGACGCUCGCCACCACGCACCCGUUCUCCUCGACCACGAAGUCGCUCCCGGCCACAGGCUGAUACAUGGGUUCCGCCAUCUGGCAGGAGUUAUGGACGCCCGCGGAGUCGCUCCCCGCCACCAUAUCGGCGCCGCUCACGCACUCCACCGGCGAGAGGCUUUGGUCCCACUCCUUACGAAAGAAGAAGAUCUCCACCAAGAAGAUUUUCGCCCAGAAGAGAUGACAGAAUCAGGUCUCCGCCACAAUCCUGGCGUUCAAAAUCGCCAUUUAGUGAUGGCAGAUCACGCGAUGCAUCCUGUGCGCGCACCAGUCCAAGACGGCCCCACGAUAUAACUCCAGGGAGCCAGGUCCCCCGACCCGCCAGACGAGACGUCCCCACAGCUCUGGUUUCCGAUAACUUCCAGAAACCCACCUCCCCACGAGCCCAAGCAGAUAGUUCCAUACCGCGGAGUCCAUCUCAAAGUGCUCACCUAGAUCCUCCGUCGGAUGGGGGGACCCACAACAGGAUUACGACACACUCGAGACCAACUUCGCCUCCACCAAUUCCGCCCUCACGCCCGGGGUCAGCACCACGCCACUCAUCUCCUGCUGUAGAGAAAGCUGUAUUCUCGUCCCAGGGAUGUCGGAGCCGCUCGCCAAUACAUUCAGCACCCUCACAGCGCUUCUCGAAACCCCCAGGCCGAACCUCUUAUCGAGACUCACAAAUCGACACUGAACCUUCCACUUUCCCAAAGCGACCAGAGUACGAGGAUCGAGUUACUGAUGUGCUUACUCUACCUGUUCAACCCUUUGAAAAAGUGCAUCAAGGCCUGCCUCAACUGGACGGUCCUAGAACCACCGGAAACAUCCCCACACAGCCGAAGAACCACGGCGCUAGCCCACUAUUGCAACACCCAUCCGGACCUUACCAAGGCUCAAGACCGCCUCACCAGCAUCGAGGAUCCCAGAACGUCUCCCUACUUUCGGCGCCAACGCGCCCUCGCCGAGGAGCUGGGUCGCGUGACCCUUGGGUAGGAACACCACCAACACGACGUGGAUCGGCGGCUCCAUCCAAUGGGCCACCCGCAGGACCCCGGGCAUCUUUCUCGUCGCCCACAUCUAGCGGGGGAGGGUUCCGACAGUCCACUUCUCGGCCAUCCAACACUUCUACGACCCAACCAUUGGUACACAAAGGCCCGAACCACUUGGCCGGGAUUGGAGCUCUCAUCCCAGAAGGGAAGUGUUUCCCGUCUUCCCUUGACCCGGCUGCCGAAAAGCGGUUGUUCCAACUUGAGGCGGACAAGGAAAAGCUUCUUGAACAAAUUGCAGAAAUACAACGAACCAAACGAGCAGAGCUUCGUGAUUGGGACCGACUAGAUCGCGAGAGCGCGAUAUGUGCUCUCAAAAGUGAGUUGGCUGAAGGACAUCUCCAACGAAUGGCCGAUGAGAGCAUCGGAGGCGGAAUCUUGUUCUAA